AUGGCUUCAUCAGACGAAGAGGGAGAGAUUCUACCUGACUACGUUGAUGGAUACUAUUUCGUUGAUCAAAGCGACAUACCUAUCAAGUUUUCCCUUCUUCCGGUCAAAUGGGACGACGAGGACGAUGACGGAGAUCCCACUGGUAGCUCCGUAGGGCCUGUGUAUCUGCGUGGCAGCACUGAUAGUGGGAAUGAGUCUGUUUGUAAGCUCGCCAAAGCGUGGAAGUUUGAUCUGUCUGAUGAACAUCAUCCCAAGAUCGAAGUGCUUCUACAUGGGAUGCGGUGGAUAACAUUGCAAAAACCAGAAAAGAGUUAUGAAGCUUUAGUUAGAACAACUCUGGUUACGCUUCAGUGUCUUCACUUUGUUAAAAGGAAUCCUGAGGCAUCGGGUGAUGAUGUGUGGAACAGUUUACACGAAGUGGAUGGGAUCCAACCUUCAGAAGAUGACUUAUCAGAUCAUGUUUCUUUGGUUUGUCGAGCUAUGAAAAUGGAUGAGGACUUGACAAAAUCAAAGGAACUUCUAACGCAACAUCAUGAAGAUGCUCAGACACAAGAGGAACAGAAUUUCAUUGUUGAUGAUAUGCUAGACGAGGAAAACAGCAGCGAUGAUGAUACUGAGAUGAACUUGCAGUUUGAUACAGUCUGUUCUAUCUGUGACAAUGGUGGUUAUAUUCUGUGUUGUGAAGGAAGCUGCUUGAGAGCUUUCCAUCCCACCAUAGCUGAUGGAGUUGAUACAUCGUGCGAAUCACUUGGAUUCGAUGGGGUUCAUGUUCAUACACUUAGGGAGUAUUUCUGUAACAACUGUCUCUACAAACAGCACCAGUGCUAUGCUUGUGGCCAAUUGGGAUCAUCUGAUGCAAAUUCCUCUCAAGAGGUCUUCCCUUGUUCUGCUUCAAAUUGCGGUCAUUUCUAUCAUCCAACAUGUGUUGCAAAGCUUCUCCAAGAUGGUGAUCAAAUCAAAACAGAAGAACUUCAAGCCAAGAUUUCUGCUAGAGAUCCUUUUUUCUGUCCUCUACACAUAUGCAAAGUCUGUAAGACAAGUGAAAACAAAAAUCUAUUUCCGUUCCAUUUUGCUGUAUGCAGACGCUGCCCAACGGCUUAUCACAGAAAAUGUUUACCUAGGGAGAUUACUUCUGAACUCAACUGUGACGAGGACACACCUCAGAGAACCUGGGAGAAACUGCUUCCAUACAAUCGCAUUCUGAUAUACUGUUUGAACCAUGAGAUAGUAGGUGAUCUUGCUACUCCACCUAGAGACCACUUAGUUUUUCCUGAUGUAUCUGGCCCAAGAAGAACACUAAGUCAUGGUCUUCAGCCUGUCAAAGAGGAUGUUCCGAGUAUGGCGAUGGGUUCUAAGUAUCAUGAAGGGACUAGUGGUAGUGGAUCUAGGAAACCAAGGAUGAGUUCUAAGGUCAAGGACUAUCUUAAUAAACGCAAGAUGGAGAGCAUUGAACAAAGGUUGUCGAAGGAAGAAGGUCCUUCUGACGAAGUAGACAACGAGGAUGUGGAGUCAAGGGUGUUAUCUAUAAUUGAUGAAGUGGACUCUAAGUUUAAUUUUGAUGAGUUUGUUAAGUCUCGUGGUGAAUCCCAUGUACGAUGCUACCAAUCAAGAAAUGAUAUUGGCAAGAACAUCACAACAGGAUUGGUUGAAACUCAUGUCAAUGCCGCUCGAGCUGCAUUAAAGAUGUUUGAAGCAGGGCGGGACGAAGAUGCUAGAGCAAUAUUUGAUCCAGAUCUUCUCGGCCAACUCAUGAAGCAUAAGACGAAGCUUGAAAUUUAUCUUUCUCCUUUUCUCCAUGGAAUGCGCUACACAUCAUUUGGUCGUCACUUCACAAAGCUAGAGAAGCUUGAAGAGAUAGUAGAGAGGCUCCACUGUUAUGUGCAAAAUGGAGAUACAAUAGUGGACUUCUGUUGUGGCUCUAACGACUGGAGUUGUCUGAUGAAAGAAAAGCUUGAGAAAACGGGGAAGUCUUGCUUCUUCAAGAACUUUGAUCUCAUUCUACCUAAGAAUACAUUCAACUUUGAGAAGAGAGAUUGGUUGACUGUGAAGAAAGAAGAGUUACCCGAUGGCUCUCGACUGAUAAUGGGAUUGAACCCUCCUUUCGGUUUCAAAUCCAGUCUUGCAAACACUUUCAUCAUGAAGGCCCUUGAGUUUAAACCAAAGAUUCUGAUCCUCAUCGUACCAAGUGAAACAAAAAGGGUCGAUGCAAUAGCUGAUUAUGAUUUGACUUGGGAGGACAGAUAUCUACUUGCAGGAAAGUCUUUCUACUUGCCCGGGUCCAUAGAUGUGAAUAACAAAACGAUAGAGCAGUGGAACAAUAUACCGCCACCUCUGUACCUUUGGAGCCGAAAGGACUGGGCUUGGAACCACAAGGCUAUAGCGCUUCAACAGGGUCACAUUCCACACAUGUAUCACUCAACUUACACAGUGGGACUCCAUCACGCAGAGAUUCCUCGUGAUGAUGAUGGUAUGACACAAGACAUGGAGAUAUCUCCUCUUGAUUAACUUAUCAGUGUGCAAGAGGGAAACAAAACAUCACCCCUUAUCCUAAGCUUUUG